GGAUCACGUGCGGCAGCAAUGACUCGUUAGACGGUUUGCAUCAUUUCUGGGGAGUUUUCUUGUUCAUUCACAUUAAAGGCGAUGGAAGCGGAUUUAAUCACUUGAACGCACCCUGUUUGUGUGGAGGGACUUCUUUUCUUUUUUGUUUUACUCCAUCAGUGAGACCUCUGCUGGGUUUUGGUAGCCGUUGAGCAAAACCCUCAGACGCUCCCUCCUUGACAUUCUGCUGCCGCUUGAAACAAAGUUCACAAAGCUGAACGCAGCUGGGUGAUAAAGAGGAAGGUGGACAGACAGAUGCCGCAGCAGCAGCAGCAGCAGCAGCAGCAGCAGCAGCGGGUCACAGUAAAAGUGUACGAGUGAAGUCAGACAGCACAGGCGUGAGGUUUGUGGUGGGAACUUCCUUUCUCGACUGUCCCACCAGUGACACAAUCGCUCCUCCCCGGAGCGGUUUGGCAAGCAGGUAUUUUGUCUGAAAACACGUCGGGCCGCCAAGUGUGUGGGAUGACAACUCAACGAAAACAAAAAAGAGGAAAAAAUAACCAUGCUGAAGAAUGACCAGCUGGUCUAUAUUGGCCUGGAGCUGGUGAUCGCCUGCCUGGCUGUGGCGGGAAACGUGCUGGUCUGCUGGGCCGUCUGCCUCAACUCCAACCUGCAGAGCAUCACCAACUUCUUUGUGGUGUCACUGGCGGUCGCUGAUAUCGCCGUGGGGCUGCUGGCAAUUCCCUUCGCCAUCGCUGUCAGUACUGGUUUCUGCGCCAGCUUCUACGGAUGCCUGUUCAUCGCCUGCUUCGUCCUCGUACUCACCCAGAGCUCCAUCUUCAGCCUGCUGGCCAUCGCCGUGGACCGCUACAUCGCUAUUAAGAACCCGCUCAGGUACAGCGGUGUGGUGACGGGGCAGAGGGCGAAGGGCAUCAUCACUUUGUGCUGGGUCCUCUCCGUGGGUAUCGGCCUGACUCCGAUGCUGGGCUGGAACACAGGUUGGAAGGCCUCAGCCAGCAGCAGCAGCAGCAGCUGCCCUCAGGGUAUGACGGAGUGUCUCUUUGAAGGAGUGGUCACCCUGGACUACAUGGUCUAUUUCAACUUCUUUGGCUUCGUGCUUGUACCUCUGGUGGUCAUGCUGGUCAUCUAUGCCCACAUCUUCAUGGCCGCACGGCACCAGCUCCGACUGAUGGGGCUCAAAGUUGCGCAAGCACCCACGCCGGGAGAAACCACCCUGUCUUCCAGCUCGUCUCGUUCGACCCUGCAGAAGGAAGUGCACGCUGCCAAAUCGCUGGCCAUCAUUGUGGGUUUGUUUGCCUUUUGUUGGCUUCCGCUGCACAUCAUCAACUGCUUCAACCACCUGUGUCGGGACUGUAACCGCCCACAUAUCUGGAUCAUGAACAUUGCCAUCAUCCUGUCGCACGCAAACUCUGUCGUGAAUCCCUUUAUCUACGCCUACCGCAUUCGGGAGUUCAGGCUGACGUUCCGCAGGAUCCUGUACCAGCAAAUUCUGCGACAGCGGGACGUGAACAGGUCUGGUGUUGGGAAUCAUGACAGCAGAGGUGUUGGGAGCAGCCGCAGCAGCAUCAUUGGAACCUCGUCCUCUUCCCGUACCAGUAAAGAGCGUUUGUCAUGUGGCACAAUAGUCAACAGUUACAUUCUGGGCCCUGGUUCAAACGAAACUCUGCCGAAAGAGAUGCCGGAAGUGUCUUGUCUGUGGACAAUAAAGUUAGACUCUGAUCCAAACGACUGCAGAAACAACGGUCACAAAAUAAAAGGAGACAACCCCGCGGCAGCAGCACCACUGCCGUGCAUCUCUGGGUUUUCUGUGCAGGAGGGGACAGAGUCAGUGUCGGGGUCAACAGAUGCCGAGGAGUUUAAGGACAGUCAGAGCUGCAUUACUUUCAUGAAUGCUCAUGCAUUCUUCCUGAAACAGACUGACCAUGGCUGCUCUGCAGAAGGUCUUACAGAGGUCUCAUGAUACUUAUAAUACAUGAAUACUCAUAACGCCGUUAAGCACGUAAGACACUGCAAAUAAAAGAACACAGAAGGACAAAUGAGGCCUCAGUUCUGACAAAAAUCAUAUUUUAGGUCUCAUAUGUUUGAAGCUAAGUCCAUCCAAAUGUGCAUAAAAUACUUUUAACUGUACAUAUCUUGUAAUGUGUUUUUAAAACUAUAUAAAAUAUAAUGUAAUAUGUUAUUUUUUGAAAUGGCUGUGUUUUAUAUCCACUGGAGAAUUACAUAUGUCUGACAUACUGUAUACCACAGUUUAUUAUAUUAUAUAUUAAUCAGCUUAAAACUACUGCAACUAAAGGUCUUAGUGAAUAAUAAAACUGUCUACUCGGACAAACUUGGGGUGAACACGUUUGACAACAAA